GCUAUGGGGGUUGGGGGCACCAGGCGGGCGGGACCCACUGGACUCACCCGAGGGCUCCUCCACCACUCGCCCCUCAAGGAAGUUCCCCAGCGCUCCGCAUCCUGGCCGCGGGAAGAUGGGCGGGAGUGUGGAGGGAACCACGACCUCCCCAGGCUGCCAGGGGAGGGAGGCACCUGCCCCUACCCUGCCUGGAACUUGGACUCCUCUUAAUGGGGUCCUGAAAGAAAGGAGCCCAAAGGAGCCUGGUGAGAGGACUGAGGACCACAUCCUGAGACCAAAUAAAUACUCUGUUUAAGGCUCAGGUGCAGGGGUGGAGUGAGGAUGGCGAACCAAGGCACAAUCGCCCCAGGGGCCCCUCAAGUUGUCCUGGCUCCCAUCCAGCCCGCUGGGGUGUGGAGAUAUGAGGCACCUAGGUCUGCAACAGGUACAGCCUCCUGGUCAGCCUUGGUCAUUUAGUCAUGUCUUACUUAUAUCCCGCCCCACCCAGCCUGGUUCCCUCAGGUUCAGGUGGAGGAACGUCAGUAGCUUUUGCCGGGUCUUUUAGAGCAGGCUGUUCAAUAGAACUUUCUGGGAUAAUGUAUAUAUUCCCUGUCUGGGCGGUCUAAUACAGUAGCCACUAGCUACACGUGAUCACUGAGAACUUUUAAAUGUGGCUAGUGUGACUGAGGAAACGAUUUUACGAAUUUUUAAAAUUCUGAUUAAUUUUAAACAGCUUCAUGUUUUAAAUUAACUGCACACACUAGCGGACAGUGCAGUUUCAGAAUCUCCAUCUUCCCGUGCCUCCUCCCUGCCUACUCUUUUGUUCUUUUCUCAAAAACAUCCUACGUCUCAUAGUCAUUUUAUCCCUACACAGAUUGGGGCAGGUUCCAGGGACGGGAAAGGAUCUGACAGACUUCCAGAAGGGUAUUCCCUUGGCUUUGCACCUCCUCUCCAUUCUAAGAUCCUUUGGGUCACAGAAUCUUGGGAUCUUGGGAGGAAAGGAUGUCAAAGGCAGCUGUUUUAGCCACCCAGCGGGUGCCCAGGGGCCCACUCCACUGCUCUCUCUGCCUGAGAACUCAUGUUUCCUUACUCAUUUACUUCUCAUAUUUUGUGGAGCACCUGCUGGGUGCCAGGCUGAAGGGUCUCUGGGGCCCAGAUAGGAAUAAGUUACCUUUCCUGCCAUCAGGGAAUUUGCAUGUGUGUGAGAAAGAGGGAGAGGGUGCGUACAAGCAAUAGAUCUGCAGAUUUGUAAAUUGUGGGGAGUGCGAUGGAGAGCCCAAACAAGGAGUAAUGACAGAAAAAAGAAGGGGACUUGCUGGAAAAGGAUAAUUGGAGAAGCCUCCCCUGAAGAGGGGACUGCUAUGCUAAGACCAGAGGGGAAGUGGAAUAGGCAAAGUGUUGGGAGGGAGGAUAGGUACAUUCUAGAAGGUACAGCAUGUGCAGAGAUCCUGGGGAUGGGAACCUGGCACUGUGGAGGAACAGAAAAGGCCAGAGUCGCUGGAAGGGGAGGGAGGAGCAAGUGGCUCCCAGAGAGGUCAGCAGUGCCUGGGCACUUGGCAGUCCAGGGAUUCUGGCACUGGCCUCGGUGCAAUGGGCCAUCAUAGAGGGAUUUUAAGCAGUAUGUUUUAAAAAGCCCCCUCCAGCUAUUGGAGGUCUCUUACCCAAGAGAGGGGUUAGAGUGGAGACCCAGAAUGCCAUCAGGAAGCAACUGCCAUAGUCUAAGCAAGAUUAUGAAGGUGACCUGGACAAGGAUGGUGGCAGUGGCAUGGAGAGAAGGGAUGAGUUAGAGGUACAUUGUGGAGGUAGAAUCAACAGGACCUGUGGAUGGAUCAGGUCCUGGAUGCGGAAAAGAGUGGGGGUUGGAGGGGCAGGUUUCUGGCCAGAGCACCUAGGUGGGAGGAUGGGCUGUUUCUGGAACCAGGGAGACUGGAAGAGGAGCAUAUUUUGUAGGGACAGAUCCAAAAGAGAUCUGUUUAGACAAGCCAGGAAGGCAGUUGGAUGGAGAGGUGUGGUCCCCAGAGGAGUGGCCAGCAGAGAUGGUUUUGAACUCUUUGGACAGUUUGAGAGUGGGAAGAAGAGGAUGAGAUGACAUCAGAGGAGUGACUGAUGAGGGCAAGGAAAACCAGAGGAUGUGGGGUCUUGGAAGGCAAGAGAAAUGUGUGUUUCAGGAGGGUGUGAUGAGCAUUAUCAAUUGCCACUUAGAGUCCAGGGGAAGAGGACCAACGAGUUGCACCCACAUCCAGCAACAUGGAGUGCUUUUCCUUAGCCUGAAUGGGCUGCCCCUGGAAUUCUACUCAUCUGCCUUUGUUUUACCUUGCACGAAGUGCCAGGUUCCGCACAGGGUGCUGAAUGUGGUAUCAGGUGGGAGAGACAGCGAGACAGACAGUCUAGAAUCAUCUAAACCAACAGCCUCAGAAACAGGAAGUUCUUUCAUAUAGCCAAGAUGAAUCUUUCAUUCUUUUAAAUAAGCAGCUUUUGCUGAGAGCCAUUUGUGUGCCCAGCUCUGUACAGGGACUUAGAGGUAUAAAAAUGAACAAAUGUGAUCUUGGCCUUCCAGGAACCAAGUGCAGAGAUACCUAGAGCACCCCUGCAUUCACCAUGUCAUAUUAUGAAGACUCAUACACAGGGAAUUAUGGGAGACUAGAGGACAGGUACCAGCCCAGGUUGUGGGGGAUCAGGGUGGCAGAGGGGAUGCCUGAGCAGCUCUCCAGGAAUGAAUGGGAAAUGAUGAGGGAAAGAGGAGGGAGAGGAAGUCCCAGGCACGGAGGAUGGAGGUAGGAGCAAAAACAACAGUAAUGUGGGUGGGGCAUGGUAAGCCCUCGGAGUUGGCUGAGCAGACAGGAGUGGGGAGGCUCUGGAGAUAUCCAGAGGCUGGGGUUGGGGGCCCUGCUGUCUCAUGGUGAGGUAUAUAGACUUAGGCAACAGGACACCACUGAAGAAGUGGAAGCAAGGGAGGGGCAUAGUUGGAUCUGUGUGUGGUCUUUCUCUGGUUGCUGAGCGAGGGACAAAUUCCGGGGAAUGACUACAGGGGUAGAGACCACUACAUGAUCCAAGUGAAAUGGUGCAGGCCAGGGUCUCAGCAUGGCCCACGGGGUCAGGAGGACUUGGGUUCUAAUUCUGCCUCAGCCACUUAUCGCUUGGGAAACCUUGGGCAAGUCCCUGAGAUUCAGUUUCCUCCUGUCCAAACUGAGGACGAUAGCCCCCUCCAAGGGGACUUGCAAGUAUAAUCUCAGUCUCCUAAUGGAGUCACUGCAGUACUUAGCGCAGGGCCUGGUUCAGUUCAAGCGCAGUAAAUAAAUGGCAGUUCCCGCUGUUGUUGUCGGUAAGCACCAAGAGGAAGGGACAGGUGUGAGAGAUGAUUAGGAGGCAGAGCUGGCAGGCCUUGGCCAUCAGCUGGACGUGGCGUGGUCCUGACCUGCUCAUCCUCACCUCGCGCCUGGUGUGGUGGCCAAGUGAGAGAAGUGGAGGCAACCAGCUGGCUGCCUUCAGCCUGGAACCCAGCCCCCACCUCUGGGCUACCCUUCCCAGAACCACACAGCUGGUGUGUGAGUGAGUGUGCCCAUGCCUGUGUUUAGGGAAGGGAGCUCCACAGAAGACAAAUUUCAUUCCUCAGUCCUGUGGCUCCAGGACCUCAGCUUUGUGCUAACUUCCUUCUGAUGACACAAAUGACUAUGGCCUGGUGGGACCGGUUAUCCUUUGAGAGAGGAGUCAGGAGGUCUGAGAAUUAGUCCUGGCUCAGCCACGAGUUCUUCAUGAGCCCUGAGAACCACUAUCUGUUUCCAGGACAGAUCCCCCCACCUAUAAAAUGUGGAGGUGCCGUCUUUCCAGCUCUGAGUUCUGAUGUGCUUCAGCAAUCAAAGCAAUUGAUGGCUUGUCCCAGAUGGAGGGAGACCCUUAGAGGGGGCUGGGGCUCCCAAAUAUCCCAACUUUGGAUAGCACUCUAUGGCCCACUCCCAGUAGCCCUUCUGCAUUGGUUUCAGUCCAUCCCUCGUCCAGGGUAUGCUCUGUGGGCAGUGUGAACCCCCAGUGGCCCCCUAACACCUCUCCCUUGUCUCUUUCAUCCCCAGUCUCCCACCGGCGGAGCAGAAAUAAACUUUCCUGGCUAAGUUAGAUGGAUGGUCCCCAUUAGCCUGGUGGGCUGCCCUCGUCCUGCCUCCCCACCAACUCCCUUUGUCAAAGGAGGUGACUCGGUGUGUAGGGGAGGCUGGGGGCAAGAGCAUUUGGGUGGGGUUUGGUGGUGCCCUGCCAUUCCUCCAGCAGGAAUGGUGCCCCCAGGGAAGAAACCAGCCGGAGAGGCUUCCAACUCCAACAAGAAGUGCAAGCGUUACUUCAAUGAGCACUGGAAAGAGGAGUUCCCAUGGCUGGACUUUGACUACGAGCGGAAGCUGAUGUUUUGCCUUGAGUGCCGCCAGGCCCUGGUGCGGAACAAGCACGGCAAAGCCGAGAAUGCGUUCACCGUGGGCACCGACAACUUCCAGCGCCACGCCCUGCUGCGCCAUGUGACCUCGGGGGCUCACCGCCAGGCUCUGGCCGUCAACCAGGGCCAGCCCACUUUCGAGGGCCCGGCUGAGGGCGGAGGGGCCUGCCCAGGCCUGGCACCCACCCCCACCUCCAAGGGCAUCAAGGUGGAAGUGGAUCCUGCCAAAGUGGCCGUGCUGACCACAGUGUACUGCAUGGCCAAGGAGGACGUGCCGGACGACCGCUGCUCUGCCCUGCUUGAGCUACAGAGGUUCAACCUGUGCCAGGCGCUGCUGGGCACGGAGCACGGUGAUUACUACAGCCCCAGGAGGGUGAGGGACAUGCAGGUGGCCAUGGCCAGUGUCUUGCACACAGAGGCCUGCCAGCGCCUGAAGGCAUCCCCAUAUGUGGGGCUGGUGUUGGACGAGACCAAGGACUGGCCUGAGUCCCACAGUCUGGCCUUGUUUGCCACUUCAGUGUCCCCCUGUGAUGGUCUGCCUGCCACCACCUUCCUGGGCAGUGUGGAGCUACAGGAAGGCGAGGCCACUGCUGGCCAACUCCUGGACAUCCUGCAGGCUUUUGGUGUGUCUACAUCCAAGCUGGCCUGGCUCAAUUCAAGCCUCCCCAGUGACUGCCUGGGGAGUGUGAGCCCACAGCUCCGGGCCACCUGCCCACUGCUCACUGAGCUACACUGCCUUCCCGGCCGAACAGAUCCCAAGCCCCCUGCCUACCUAGGUGAAUAUGAAAGUGUCCUGGAUGCCCUAUUCCGCCUCCACGGUGGCCCCAGUUCCCACGUGGUCCCUGAGCUCCGGGCAGCACUGGACCUUGCAGCUAUCGACUUGGCAGGACCACGGCCAGUUCCCUGGGCCUCCCUGCUGCCUGUGGUGGAAGCAGUGGCUGAGGCUUGGCCUUGUCUGGUGCCCACACUGGAGGCCUCUGCCCCAGCCUCGCCUACAGCCAGGGCACUGGCUCUUGCCCUGCGCCAGUUCACCUUCGUGGCCUUCACCCACCUCCUGCUGGAUGCUCUGCCCUCCAUGCAGAAGCUCAACCUUGUCCUGCAGCCAGAAGAGCCGGACUUGGCCUUGCUACAGCCUCUGGUGAUGGCAGCUGCAGCCUCCCUCCAAGCGCAGCGCCACUCGGGCGGGGCGCGCCUCCAGGGCUUCCUGCAGGAACUGGCGUCCUCCAGCCCCGACUUGAGCCGUGGGCGCUGCACCUACCGCGGCGUGGAGCUGGUCGGCUACUCCGAGGCUGCAGUCCAGGGCUUGGAGCGGCUGCGGGGGGCCUUCCUGGACUCCAUGCGGAGAGGGCUGCGGGACUCCUACCCUGGGCCAUCGCUGGAAGCCGUGGCCGCCUUCGCGGUGAUCUUCGACCCCCGCCGCUACCCGCAGGCGCCCGAGGAGCUGGGCGCGCACGGCGAGGGGGCGCUGCGCGUCCUGCUGCGCGCCUUCGCCCCGGCCGUGGUCCGCCAGCGGGCGCUGGGCGACUUUGUGCUCUUCAAGCGCGUGGUGUGCAGCCUGGGGCGGCUCGGCCCGCGGGCCCUGUGCGCCAAGCUGGCCUGCGCGCGCUCGGAACUGCACGAGCUCUUCCCCGACUUCGCCGCCCUCGCCGCCCUGGCCUUGGCGCUGCCUGCUGGUGCUGGCCUCCUGGACAAGGUCGGCCGCAGCCGGGAGCUGCGGUGGUGGGGGCCGGGCGGGGCCGGAGAAGGCCGGGGCGGCCCCGCGGUGAAGAUCGCGGUGGAUGGGCCUCCGCUGCACGAGUUUGACUUUGCGCUGGCGGUGGAGCUCCUAGAGAGUGGGUGGGGCGAGGGGUUGCUGGGGUCGCAGCUUACGUGAGGGCGGCCUCCUCUCCUCCCCCAAGCCAGCCCAGGGCCCUGGGCACUCUAAAGGCCAAACCUGACUUGAUCAGGCUGCACCCAAGCUGACCUGCUAACUGUAGCCUCCCACCCACCUUCCCUGAGCUUCCUCUGCCCCACGCUGAGUACUAACCCAACCCCGUGGGCUGUGGAGGAGGGCCCAGGCCUGGGGACUAGGGCCAGUGGGCAGAGAUGCUAGGUUCUGGGGCACCCUAAAUAUCAUUCCUGACCUGUCCAGAGUUUGGUGGGGAGUAGCUCACCCUUUCCUUUCUGAACUCAGCUCAAGUUUUGGCCCUAGAAAAGCUGAGGGGUCUUGGCAGGAGGGAGAAAGACUGGGUCUCCGCAAUUGAGGGGUUAAGGGAAAGGAGAAUGGGUCCUUGGCUGUUAGCCGCCCUCCUAGCAGCUUCUCUUCAGGUAUGGCUGAAAAGCAGGUGACUGCCUUGUUUUUCACACACAGCACAACACCCUCUCUGUGCACAAGCUAACAAUUCAAGGGAAGUAGUGGUGCCCUCCCCACCAACAGGCUUCCUGAGGCUUUUCUGUAUAUGGCCUUGGAUAUAGACACAUAUGUCUAUAAAUGUAAAAUAGGUUUGUCCUAUCUUUCAUAGUGUUAACACACAAAAUCUAAAAGGAUUUUGGUUUUGCAAUGUCGGGGUCUAAAAAAGUCCUAAACGGACUGAAUUUAUUUCUAAUUCUUUUCUUCCUCACAAGUUCCUAGCCUUCCCCUGCCCUUGCCUCAGACCUUUAAGACCAAAGACUGUAAAACCACAGGGCUGGACCAGCAGACUCCCAGGACCUGCCUCAGGCCUGACCCAGGGAUGUUGGAGGGCACUUGGCCUCCUGGGGGAAGCAGUUGGGGCCUCACCAGAGCUGGGGGACACACCCCUUCAGAUUCCAGUGGGUUUCCUCUCCCCUCUGUUAGCCCUCACUGUGAAUGAUGUGGAGAUCUGGAGGGGGAUAUUUAGUGAGAGAGGACGGGGCUGGUCUUUCCCCAGGCCUGCAUUUGGGUUUAAUUUGCAAUAAAGUGGAAUCCCAGUGCA